UCACCAUGGCGGACACGGCGCUGCCGGAACCGGAGCGAGAGAGAAGAGGCGUGGAGUAUCACGUCCGGGUCACGGGGCGCUAUGGCGGCCGCCGGGCAGGCCGCCGUGCUGGUGCUGGUGUCGGUUCUAUGGGGCAGCACCGGGCCGUUCCUACGGACGGGAGCGGCGGGGCUGUUGGACGUGCAGCGCCGGGGGCUCCUACGGCAGCUGCUGGCCGAGAUCAGGUUCCUGGGCUGCAACUACAAGUACAUGGUGCCAUUCCUGCUGAACCAAUGUGGAUCGCUCCUCUUCUACCUCACCUUGGCAUCUGCAGAGCUGUCCCUGGCAGUGCCGCUCUGUAACUCCCUGGCUCUGAUAGUCACGCUGGUGACUGGAAGGAUUUUGGGAGAGGAUAUUGGUGGUAAAAGGGCUGUGGCAGGGAUGCUGCUCACCCUCCUGGGACUCACCCUCUGUGUAGCUGGUUCAUGACCAAGGCACAGUGAGCAGAGGAAACCUGUUCUAAGGUAACUGAUGUUUGAAGAGGGGAAACUUUUGGCUCAGCUGCCUCAAGGAAGCUGUUCUGACACCUGGCUGUCUGAAAGUGUGGAUCAAAUUCCCUGAGUACCAGAGAGGAACAAGGCACAUUGCAAUGACAUCCUAUUUAAUGCCUUGAGUUAAGGAUGCUUUUUUUUCUGUGGGUGGUUCAAGGCAGGGAUGAUUGAAUUGCCUUGUUCAGCACUGGAGGGGUAAUAAUUGAUUAAUAAAUCAUUGAAACAGAAAAAAAAAAUCUUUGUUACUCUUGUAAUUAAUCAGCAACACGGGGGAGGGAAAUACAGAAAGCCAUCACAGCCCUUUAACUCUUCAGAGUAGUUUUGCGGCCAAGGAAAACAUCAUUCAGUGCUCCUCAUCUUCAGAACUGUUGUCAUCCCUUUUCCCUUAGACAGCGCUUUGUGAUUUGCCUGUACUCCGUUCCUUUGGGCAGCGAGAAGAAAAAACACAUUUAUUACAAGUCAGCUUCGAUGCAACCUCUCGACUUUCUGAAAUGCUGAGCCCUGCAGUUACACCCUGUGCUUUGGUUUCUGACGCUCCCCCUGGUGGUUACUUUCAGCUUUAUACACUUUAGGGGAAAGCACGGUGAUUUCUGAACUGUGAGCAAGAAAGCUAAACGACUUGCCCAAGCAAUUGCUAUCAACUAUUGUUUGCUGUGUUCUCCAGUCCCUAUUAGAGAUGAUUCUUUAAACCUCUCAGCCAUAGUUUACAUACCAGAGUGUCCUGCACACAGAGGGCACCAGCAGCUCCAUGUAUGGCAGCUUUUUGUACUCCUCGGUUCCCACUGCCACAUAGUAGCUGCCAUUCACCAGUUCCUCCCCACUGGACACCAGUGUGCCAUCCAGCCUGCAGAGCCUCGGGAAGGAGACAGCAAAAGGUUCAGAGCAAUACAAGGGAAAGUCACAAGACAGAGAACAACCCCUCAGUGUGGAAGAAAACAAGUGCAAAGCAAAUGAGACCAAGAGAAGAGCUAAGGAUGUUGGUGUUAUCAUUCAUUUAAAGAUGGGAAAACUGAAAAACAAAUGAAAUUGUCAAAAUAUGCUAAAAGCAGCUAAACUUUUGGUCCUCCUCACUAGUAAGUACUGCCUGUGUUCCUGGGCAUAAUGAAAGAAGACCCAGCAAUGCCUUGUCCAGAUACACACCUGUUAACAGCCCCGCUGCACAGAUCAGCCUUCUCUGUCAGCAGAGCCAGGAGUGUGUCCCACUGCCAUAAAGUGCCCUUGGAGAUGAUCAGUUGGAAAGGAGGGCUCAGCAAAUCCCCAUUUCGAAAAACACUACAGCAGAAAAAAUCCAGAGCGUGCCAUGAGACAGUGUGGGCAGAGAUGUUUUAUUAACCAUUGUGAAGUCAUCAACUCUCCUCCCCUGGCAGCUUUGCAGUGUCACCAGACACCUUGAAAUCUGUAACUGAGCCACAGGCAGUUCUGUUCAGUUUCCUCUGAUGGUGGUGGAAGAGAGAGGAAAAAAGGCAAAUGUUCACACAGUAUUUACCACAAAUAGCUCUAGUGGUAGGUAGAUGGUUGGACCAGAUGAUCUUAGAAGUCUUUUCCAACCUUAAAGAUUCUAUGAUUCUCAGGAUCUCACACAGAAAUUCCCUACUUCAACUUCCAAAAUGUUCCCAAAUACCUUCCCAGGAGAAAGCACUGAGGCACUUACUGUAUUGUAAGGUGGGUGGGCUUCUGCUGUCGCACUGCAGUGUUUGGCUUCCAGGGGGGUACAGCACAGGUCUAGAGACAAGUUCAGUGCACAAAAAACAGACAGCUCUGGCACAAAGCUUCCCAGAGCUGCUCCAUUUUCUCCACCAGGAGGUGCCCACCCUGCCUUCAGCUCGCUGCUGCUGCUAGGUGGGGUUUGUUGUCAGCAACAUGAAGGCCUGGGGAGGUUCUUCACAUACUUCAGUGCAUUCCAGAACCUCCGAGCAUCUCCUUCCCUUCACUGUUAAGCAGCCCCUGCAUCGUUUCACACAUCACCCUACCGAUUGCUGUGUCAUUUUCUGUGUCAUGCUGGACACUCUUAAAUCUCAACUUCUGUUCUAUCAGUGCCAGCUCUCAGCUGUACCUCCUAGCUCAGUCUGUGUUCUUGCCUGCCCACACCCAGCUCACACUCACCUGCACACCAUUGCUCUUGCUUGUCCCACGGAGCUCCUUCCUUCCAUGAUUUAAAUAGCUAUGAGAACAAGAGAUGACAUUACAGUGCAGCAACUAGGCCAUAACUACAGAGCAGUGAGAAAAUGACUAACUGCUUUGUCUUGAUUCAUUGCCAGUAUGCGUGUUUAUUAUCUGGGUCAUGUUUAAAACCCUCCAUGUACUUCCAUCUCACGAGCUUCCACAAUUUCAGAUUAAAGCCUAUUUAAGAAA